CUCCAAAAUUGUUUUAUCUCUCCAUUUCUCUCUUUGCAGUACACACGGGAACCUUGGAGAAUUCUAAAAUACAAAAAAAAAUCUGAAGUUGAGAUUUUUUUAUUGUUCUUUGCAUUUCUUUUGCACGUUUUCUAGAAGUUUUUGACUCACUUUGGUGGUGUUGAUUUCAUGGCCACCUUUUAGUCCUAGCAUCGCUGCGUUUUUGUGGAAUUUUGCAAUUUGGAUUAAUGGGUUUCGACAUUUGCGUUCUGAAUGGUUCGUGCACUCACGAAUACGUGACCACUUGCAGUUAAAACAUUGACCUCCUGUGAUCAUUUGAAGGAAUGUGUAGUCGUGAAUCAAUUGUGUUGUUGUUUGCUGGAAAGUGGUCACUCUGAGUUUUAGAUGCUAUUGUCUUUGCUGUGAAGCUAUUUUAUUUGGUCGUGAUUGUAUUUCAGGAACUCAAGUUCACCUUCCCCAUGCUUGAAAGUUGAGGAUCUUGCCCGUUUGCAAUUUCAGACAACUCCUGUCUAUAUUGAUGUAGAUGAUGGGAGAACCAAGGUCACAAAUGAAAGAUUGCUUCAGGGUUAUCUUGUGGUUCCCUGUGCCAAGUGAUUUAUUGUUCUCUAUUCCUUUUUGAAGAGACACCAGUCAAAAAAAGUGAUGGUUUUUUUCUCUUCAUGCAACUCACUCAAAUUUAUUUUUUUCUCUUCAUUUUCUCUUCGUGUUAUUGUUGCUGUUGCGCUAGAUUCAAUUGUUUCAGGUUUGUGCUUUCGCCCCUGCUGUGCUGGAUUCAAUUGUCACAUUUGGAUUCGAUUGUUUCAACCCCUUUCAGAAAGCCUCUAAAUAUGGCAGCCACAAGCACGGAUAAGUUGGAGGCAGGAACGGUUUCAAGUUAUGACAGGAAAAGUGAAAUCAAGGCAUUUGAUGAUUCAAAGACUGGUGUCCAAGGACUGGUAGAAAAUGGUGUAACAAAAGUUCCACUUAUGUUCUAUUGUGAAAACUCUAAUCUCAAUGAUGGCGUAACCAGUGCAUCAAAUUCAAAGAUCAGCAUCCCCAUAAUUGACCUCACAGGCAUCCAUGAUGAUCCUAUUUUGAGAGAUCAUGUUGUGGGAAAAGUUAGAUAUGCAUGUGAGAAGUGGGGCUUCUUUCAGGUUAUAAAUCAUGGAAUUCCAACUCAUGUUUUGGAUGAGAUGAUCAAAGGAACUUGCAGGUUUCACCACCAAGAUGCAAAGGCGAGGAAAGAGUACUACACUCGCAAAGUAAGCCGAAAAGUUGCUUAUCUUUCCUAUUAUACUCUUUUUGAAGACCCUUCUGCUGAUUGGAGGGAUACACUUGCAUUUUCCUUGGCACCUCAUCCACCCGAAGCUGAAGAAUUUCCUGCAGUUUGUAGGUUUGUGAUAAUAGUAAUACUACUUUUAUUAUUAUCAGCACUUGCACAUGUUAGGACUUAAUAAUGGUGGAUAACUAAUUUCUUGGGACAAUAUCUAAUUUGUGGUGAGAUGAUAUCAUUACAUUGAAAUUUUUGUUAAGGGAACAUAGUAUAUCUGUAACUAUUUUUCUAAAAUAUCUUCCACAACUGAAAUUUUUUAUUAUGUUGGAGAGUCUCGCAUCAUCUACUUCAAUACUUCAGAUGCAACUUAUAUACUGUAUUUGUUGGAUUUGAUCAUUUGGAAAAAUCAAUAUGACCUUUGUUCAACUACUACCUUCAUUCAAUCAUCUUCAGAUGAUUCUGUUUUGACUUUGGUUUGGUAGUUGUAAACUUUUGGCUCACUUUCAUUGCACAUGUUGCUUCAAAAUGCUUGGAAAGGAAGAUCUUAAGCCCCCGUUGGGAACAUAUUUUGAGUCUUAGACUGAAAGUUUUGAAGAAUGGUUCCCAUUUCAUUGUUAAAAAAAUUUGGCACUUCAUUCCCAUCUUUUCCCAUGCAUUCUUUUGUAGUAACAUUAACACUUUCAUUACAUGUUUCUUUAAUUAUUUGUCCCUAUGUAUUUUGCUUCAGUCCUAUGAGGAAUAGCUUGGAGGGCUAAGAGGAAAUGCUGGAAAACUUAUUCUCCCAAAUCAGUAUAUAGUUUAAUAAUAUUUCACUUAUUUUAUAUUUUUAUAUCUAGACAUAUUUAUAUUACAGGAAUCUAUAAAUUUAUUAAUAUUCUUGCAGGCAUCUAAACAAAUUUGUUACUUUUUAUUUCACUGAUUUUAUAUUUUUAUAUCUAGACAAAUUUGUUACUCCUUAUAUCACCUCUUAUUUUUUUAAUCUAAUGGUUAUAAAAAGUAAUUCCUUGACAGCUAGGAUUAUCAAACAAACAUACCUUUCCUUUCAUAAUUUUGCAUACAUAUAUAAUAAAAAUCUCAUUUUUAUUGGUGGGCUAUCUUUGAUCUGAGCAUUUUACACUUAUUGGUGGCUUUAGUUUCUCUACCUGUUCCUCAAUAGAUUUUUAGUUGUUCCUUUAU